AGGCGCUGCCCCUUUCACUGGCGUCGGGAGCCGCAGAGCACCUGUGAGUUCCUGGAACUUCUGCCAGACUAUCCCGGCCCAGCCUCGCCCGCCAUGGGCCCUCGGUGCCUCAGCCUCUCCGCGCUCGGUGCCCGGCCCGCCAUGGGCGCUCGGUGCUUCAGCCUGUCCGUGCUCCUGCUGCUGCUGCAGGUCUCAUCAUGGCGCUGCCAGGAGCCAGAGCCCUGCCGUCCUGGCUUUGGCGCUGAGAGUUACACGUUCACGGUGCCCCGGCGGCACUUGGAGAGAGGCCGAGUCCUGGGCAGAGUGAGUUUUGAAGGAUGCACCGGUCAACCAAGGACAAUCUAUAUUUCUGACGACACCAGAUUCAAAGUGGGCACCGAUGGUGUGCUUACAGUCAAACGGCCUCUACAACUGCAUAAUUCAGAGAUUAGGUUUCUUGUUCACGCCUGGGACUCCACCCGCAGGAAGCUGUCCACCCAAGUGACGCUGAAGGCAGCAGUGCCCAACCACCGGCAUCGCCACCAUCAUCAUAAUGUAUGUUGCAGUGUUUCUGGAAAGUUCACUAAUAUUUUAGUCUUUGUUUCAUCCCACCAUGGUCUCAGAAGACAGAAGAGAGACUGGGUUAUUCCUCCUAUCAGCUGCCCAGAAAAUGAAAAAGGCCCAUUUCCUAAGAAGCUGGUUCAGAUCAAAUCUAACAAGGACAAAGAAACACAGGUUUUCUACAGCAUCACUGGCCAAGGAGCUGACGCACCCCCUGUUGGUAUCUUUAUUAUUGAAAGAGAAACAGGAUGGCUAAAGGUGACAGAACCUCUGGAUAGAGAAGCUAUUGCCAAGUACACUCUCUACUCUCAUGCUGUGUCUUCAAAUGGGAAUGCAGUUGAGGACCCGAUGGAGAUUGUGAUCACAGUGACAGAUCAGAAUGACAACAGGCCAGUGUUUACCCAGCAGGUCUUUGAGGGAUCUGUCAUGGAAGGUGCUCUUCCAGGAACCUCCGUGAUGCAGGUCUCGGCCACAGAUGCCGACGACGAAGUGAACACCUACAAUGCUGCCAUUUAUUAUGACAUCCUCUCCCAAGAUCCCGAGAUGCCUGACAAGAAAAUGUUCACCAUCAACAGGGAAACAGGAGUCAUCAGCGUGCUCACCACUGGGCUGGACUGUGAGAGUAUUUCCAAGUAUACCCUGGUGGUUCAAGCUGCUGACCUUCAAGGUGAAGGCUUAAGCACAACCGCAGAAGCUGUGAUCACGGUCACUGACAUCAACGACAACCCUCCGAUCUUCAACCCGACCACGUACCAGGGGCAAGUUCUUGAGAAUGAGGCUUUUGUCACAAUCGCUACCCUCAAAGUGACUGAUGCUGACCUGCCCAAUACCCCGGCGUGGGAGGCUGUAUACAACAUAUUAAAUAACAACGAGGAGCAAUUUGUUGUCACCACAGACCCAGUAACCAACGACGGCAUUUUGAAAACGGCUAAGGGCUUGGAUUUUGAGGCGAAACAGCAAUACAUUCUCUACGUGACAGUAGAGAAUGUGGCCCCCUUUGAGGUCACUCUGUCCACGUCCACAGCCACCGUCACCGUGGAUGUGCUGGAUGUGAACGAAGCCCCCAUCUUCGUGCCUCCUCAAAAGAGAGUGGAGGUGUCCGAAGACUUUCCAGUGGGACAGGAAAUCACAUCCUACACUGCCCAGGAUCCAGACACAUUUAUGGAACAGAAGAUAACGUAUCGGAUUUGGAGGGACACUGCCAACUGGCUGGAGAUUGAUCCGGACACUGGUGCCAUUUCCACUCGGGCUGAGAUGGACAGAGAGGACAUUGAGCAUGUGAAGAACAGCACAUACACAGCCCUCAUUAUAGCCACUGACAAUGGUUCUCCACUUGCUACUGGAACGGGAACCCUUCUCUUGAUCCUCUCCGAUGUGAAUGACAAUGCCCCCGUUCCAGAACCUCGAAACAUGGACUUCUGCCAGAGGAAUCCACAGCCUCAUAUCAUCAACAUUAUUGAUCCAGACCUUCCCCCCAACACAUCUCCCUUCACAGCAGAGCUGACACACGGGGCAAGUGUCAACUGGACCAUUGAGUACAAUGACCCAGAACACGAAUCUCUCAUUUUGAAGCCAAGGAAAACCUUGGAGUUGGGUGACUACAAAAUAAAUCUCAAGCUCGCAGAUAACCAGAACAAAGACCAGGUGACCACCUUGGACGUCUUUGUGUGUGACUGUGAAGGGGCCGUCAACAGCUGUAAGAGGAACAUGGCUUAUGCCGAAGCUGGGUUGCAGGUCCCUGCCAUCCUGGGGAUUCUUGGAGGCAUCCUUGCUUUGCUAAUCCUGAUUCUGCUGCUCCUGCUGUUUAUUCGGAGAAAACGGGUGGUCAAAGAGCCCUUACUGCCCCCAGAAGACGACACCCGGGAUAACAUUUAUUACUAUGAUGAAGAAGGAGGUGGAGAAGAGGACCAGGACUUUGACUUGAGCCAGUUGCACAGGGGCCUGGAUGCUCGGCCCGAAGUGACUCGCAAUGACGUGGCACCAACCCUCAUGAGUGUGCCCCAGUAUCGGCCCCGGCCUGCCAAUCCUGAUGAAAUUGGAAACUUUAUCGAUGAAAACUUGAAGGCGGCCGAUAGUGACCCCACGGCUCCUCCUUACGACUCUCUGCUUGUGUUUGAUUAUGAAGGAAGUGGUUCCGAAGCUGCUAGUCUGAGCUCCCUGAACUCCUCAGAGUCAGACCGAGACCAGGACUAUGACUACCUGAAUGAAUGGGGCAAUCGCUUUAAGAAGCUGGCAGAUAUGUACGGAGGUGGCGAGGACGACUAGGGGACUUGAGACAGAUGAUGGGGAGAGAAAUGGGUCCCUAUUCUCAUGUGAUGGGAAGUGUUGGAAUAAUUUUUUCUGGUGGUUUUUUAGCUCCUUUCACUUGAGAUGAAUUUCUGAGGAAGAGAGACUGUGAUCAGUGAUGCAUUUAGGAUAGUUACAAUUUCCACCUCGUAGAUCUAAUCUGUGUGUGUUAGAGAGAUUUUGACUUAUUCCUUGGAUUUUUUUUUCUUUCAUCACACUUUACAUGUGGUGAUGUCCAAAAGACCCCCAAAUUAUAAUAUUGCAAAAGGUUAGUUUCAGCCUCAAAACUUUCAACUUGCAUAUUUUCUUAAGGGCUUUGUCUGAUUUUUAUAAGGAAAGGGAGGGGUCACCUGUUGUGUUGUUUUAUGUGUGUAUAUAUACAUAUAUAUAUGAAAUUUUAAUUUUUUUGCUUUUUUUUUAUCCUAUCAUCACUGCACUGGUGUCCCAUGUUCCAAUGUCCACUCUUGCUCCUGAAUUUACAUUGUUCCAGACAGGAGUUCACUGAUUCAGAAAUUAUUGGGCCAUUUUAGGAUAAGAGGCUUGUGUCAGUCUGGCCAUACCUUGACUAGGUAUUGUGUACUCUUAAGACCUUUAAUGGUUUUCUUUUUUCAUCUCCUCGGUAUGUAACUUGAAAUGGGCCUCUAUCCAUACACUUGUUCUGAGUAAGAAUGUUUGUUAUAUGAAUGUCAUUAUGGGGUACUUUGGUUCUAAACAGGAGCCUUGACCAGAAAAGUGGAGUUUUCAGGUGCCACUUAAUUAUUCAUGUUUAUUUAUCAUGUAAACAAAAGAAAGAAACUUAGAAUAGUGCCUGAAGUGUUGCAGCCAAAGAGGAAAGGUGUCUUGUCACAGCAGAGGGGGAACAUGAAAAGUGGGCUUGGAAAUGUCAGGAGAAAUUAACACUGAGCCGCCUGGUAAUUUAGCAAACUGAGGCUUAGAAUGGUUGAAGUGGUUCUGCCUCUAGCCCUGACAAUUCUGAAAAAAAUGGAAGAAUCUCAACCUGUGUUUCCUACCAGGACCUUUAGACCAUGGUUUGUAUUGGAAGGCCACAAUCCCCAAGUGCCUGCUUUUGUUGAUGGCUACAGAAAGUACUGGCUGAUCUGGACACGUUUGCCCCAAAUUCCCAGUGUCGUAGAAAACUGAGACUGUUAGAAAAUCCAACUUUUUUCUUAGGAGCAGGGGAGGAUGGCGGUAAGGAGAACCUUGAUUUGGAUCUCCUUUUAGUUGAAAUGUGACUGUCAAGAAACUUUUGACAACCAAAAGAAGUUUUAUGGAAACUGCUUUACAGUCUGUCAACUGUUUUGUGAAGGAAAAAAAAUCAUCCCUGCAAUCACUUUUUGGAAUUGUCUUGAUUUUUCAGCAAUUUAAACUCUACCUAAUGUAGUUAUGUUUAGAGCCUAUUAUUGUAGUUUUGAGUGUAUAAGUGUGUGGGUGCUGUUAAUUUUGUAUUUGGAAAAGGAAAACAAUUCAAGGUGAAAAAUUUAUUCUUAAAUAUUCAUUUUUAUAAAUUUUAUUAAAGAAUUUUGUUAAACCAUUGUCAACCUUGUUUUAUUUGAUCACACCACAAUUCCAGGCAGGACAAAUGGUAGAUGAGCUGAGUCUAAAAUGGAGAAAGAAGGUUCGUGUUCAGAUGACUUCUCCAGAGCUUUGAGUCAUUGUGUUGUGGGCAAAGUGGCGAGAAACUGGAUUUAUGAGGUCACUUUCUAUCCAUGUGGCAUAUAUCAACAGCACAAAAGCAAAUAUGGCAAAAUGUUUACAAUGACUGCACCCAUGUUCACUGCAGCAUUAUUCCUAAUAGCCAAAAGGUGGAAAUAACCAAAUGUCUAUUAGUGAAUGAGUAGAUUAAACAAAAUGUAAUAUAUACAUACCAUGGAAUAUUAUUCAGCCUUAAAAAGGAGCGAAGUCCUGA